CGUCUUUAUCUGAGCCAAUGACAUGCUGAAUGACGACAGACUGUUGUGAUGUGCAUUCCCUUCAAAUACUCUGCUCAUUGACUUUUCUUUCAACUGUGCCUCUUGUCUGCGCCACGGACGUCUGUCAGAUGUGAGCGGAUCCACGUCACGAGUGGAAUUAACGGUUUAGGACUAAAUAUACCUCUUCCUGUGGCUGACAAACAUGGCUCAUCUCACAGCACUUUUCAAAUAUGUGGACGAAAACCAGGAUUUGUACGUGCAGCGUCUUGCUGAUUGGGUCGCAGUCCAGAGUGUGUCUGCUUGGCCAGAGAAACGUGGGUUGAUCAAGACAAUGAUGGAAAUGGCUGCCAAGGAUAUUGAGAAACUGGGGGGCACAGUAGAGAUGGUGGACAUUGGAAAACAGACAUUGCCUUCUGGGGAGGAAAUCCCUCUGCCCCCCAUCAUUUUGGGGCAUUUAGGUUCAGACCCAGGUAAAAAGACCAUCUGCAUCUACGGCCACCUUGACGUGCAGCCAGCUAAUAUUGAAGACGGCUGGGAUACAGAGCCUUUCACUCUGGUGGAGAAAGAUGGUAAACUCUAUGGAAGAGGUUCCACUGAUGACAAAGGUCCAGUGUUGGCCUGGUUUAACUGCAUUGAAGCCUACCAGAAGAUUCAGCAGGAGCUUCCCGUUAACAUCAAAUUCUGCUUCGAGGGGAUGGAGGAAUCCGGAUCUGAGGGUCUGGAUGAACUGGUGAUGGCACGAAAAGACACCUUCUUCAAAGACGUGGACUAUGUUUGCAUCUCUGACAACUACUGGCUGGGAAAGAGCAAACCCUGCAUCACGUAUGGACUGAGAGGAAUCUGCUACUUCUUCAUUGAGGUGAAGUGUGGUGAGAAGGACCUGCACUCAGGAGUGUUCGGAGGCUCUGUCCAUGAGGCUAUGAGUGACCUCAUAGCACUUAUGGACAGUCUCGUAGAUCCUAGGGGAGCCAUCUUAAUACCUGGAAUUAACGACAGUGUGGCCCCCGUGACUGACGAGGAGAAAAAACUGUACGAGAAAAUAGAUUUCGACCUACAUGAGUACUGUGGUGACGUGGGUGUUUGCAAGCUGCUACACGAUAGCAAGGAGAAAAUCCUUAUGCACCGCUGGAGGUUCCCAUCUCUGUCUCUUCAUGGUAUUGAAGGCGCUUUCUCUGAAGCAGGAGCCAAAACUGUUAUCCCCAGGAAGGUCAUUGGAAAGUUUUCCAUCCGCCUCGUCCCUGACAUGGACCCCAAAGUUGUAGAAAAACAGGUUAUCAGUCAUCUUGAGAAGAAAUUUGCAGAACGUAAAUCCCCAAACAACCUGAAAGUGUACAUGGGCCAUGGAGCAAAAGCCUGGGUGUCUGACUACAACCACCCACACUACAUGGCUGGAAGAAGAGCCAUGAAAACAGUGUUUGGUGUGGAGCCUGACCUGACUCGUGAAGGUGGAAGCAUCCCCGUCACUCUGACCUUCCAGGAGGCCACUGGCCGUAACGUCAUGCUGCUUCCAGUCGGAUCAUCUGAUGAUGGUGCCCACUCCCAGAAUGAGAAAAUUAACCGAUCCAACUACAUUGAGGGAAUAAAGAUGCUUGGAGCUUACUUCCACGAGGUUUCCCAGCUGGAGUAAAGAAAGAUCCUGCUUGUAAAAAUGUCAACAACAUUAAUACCAACUAGUGCUCUCACAACAGUCAACACUGUGGCUUUACUCCAAAAUAACAUAUGAAAAUAAAGUCUGCUUUUGUUACAUUG